GCGCAGGUGAGCGCCGCUUCCGGGGUCGGGUUCCUGGAUCGCGGCCGGCUCCGGCUUCUGCUUGGUCGGGUUGCGCGGGUGGCUAUGGCGUCCUCUUCGGUCCCGCCGGCCACCGUACCCGCGGCGACAGCGAGCUCCGGCCCGGGUUUCGGCUUCGCCUCCAAAACCAAGAAGAAGCAUUUCGUGCAGCAGAAGGUGAAGGUGUUCCGGGCGGCCGACCCGCUGGUGGGCGUGUUCCUGUGGGGUGUAGCCCACUCGAUCAAUGAGCUCAGCCAGGUGCCUCCCCCAGUGAUGCUGCUGCCAGACGACUUUAAGGCCAGCUCCAAGAUCAAGGUCAACAAUCACCUUUUCCACAGGGAAAAUCUACCCAGUCAUUUCAAGUUCAAGGAGUAUUGUCCCCAGGUCUUCAGAAACCUCCGUGAUCGAUUUGGUAUUGACGACCAGGAUUACUUGGUGUCUCUUACCCGAAGCCCCCCGAAUGAAAGUGAAGGCAGUGAUGGUCGCUUCCUCAUCUCCUAUGAUCGGACUCUGGUCAUCAAAGAAGUGUCCAGUGAGGACAUUGCUGACAUGCAUAGCAACCUCUCCAAUUACCACCAGUAUAUUGUGAAGUGCCAUGGCAACACGCUGCUGCCUCAGUUCCUGGGGAUGUACCGAGUCAGUGUGGACAAUGAAGACAGCUACAUGCUUGUGAUGCGCAAUAUGUUUAGCCAUCGCCUUCCUGUGCAUAGGAAGUAUGACCUCAAGGGCUCCCUAGUGUCCCGGGAAGCCAGCGACAAGGAAAAGGUUAAAGAAUUGCCUACCCUUAAGGAUAUGGACUUUCUCAACAAGAAUCAGAAAGUUUAUAUUGGUGAAGAGGAGAAGAAAGUAUUUCUAGAGAAGCUAAAGAGAGAUGUAGAGUUCCUAGUACAGCUGAAGAUCAUGGACUACAGCCUUCUGCUGGGCAUCCACGACAUCAUUCGGGGCUCUGAACCAGAGGAGGAGGGGCCUGUGCGGGAGGAGGAGCCAGAGGGUGAUGGGGACUGUGGCCUGACUGGACCUCCUGCUCUGGUGGGCUCCUAUGGCACCUCUCCAGAGGGCAUUGGCGGCUACAUCCAUUCCCAUCGGCCUCUAGGCCCUGGAGAGUUUGAGUCCUUCAUUGAUGUGUAUGCCAUCCGGAGUGCAGAGGGGGCCCCCCAGAAGGAGGUGUAUUUUAUGGGCCUCAUUGACAUCCUGACACAGUAUGAUGCCAAGAAGAAAGCAGCUCAUGCAGCCAAAACUGUCAAGCAUGGGGCUGGGGCAGAGAUCUCCACUGUCCAUCCUGAGCAGUAUGCUAAGCGAUUCUUGGAUUUUAUUACCAACAUCUUCGCCUAAGAGAUGGCCUGACUCAAUGGUGACUGCUGCUUUAUGUUCAAGGUGGUGGGAUUCUGAGAAGCUUGGGGGAAUUGUGGAUAUUGUGGCCACUGCUUCUUCUCUUCUCCUUUGCUAAAUUCAGGCUGCGGCCUCCUACCAUUCAGAUAGCUCUGUUUUGUUGAGUAGGCUCUUACUGGUCCCCAGAAAUACCUUGUCCUUUCUCCCCUCUGCCCGUUUUUCUUCCCUCUUUCCCUCCCCUUGACAAGUAUGCUUGCUUCGUUAGAGUGUUAUUGUUGACUCUCUCCCAAGUGCCUUGAUCUUUGUAAAAUGUCCUAUUGUUUCUAUAAAAUAGGAAGCCUGGGGAAAGGGGGUUGUUUGCCAUCUUCAGAACCUGACUGGACAGAUGGACCUGGCUCAAGCAAUUACUGGAUGCACUUUGCUGUGUGGGAUGAACUAAGAGGGUCUGAAUUUUGCUGUUAACUCUGUAGAACUCACUGUGGCAUUCUUCCUUCCUGGUAUGCCCUAGAAUGGAGGACUUUCAAGCUAUUACAGAUGCAGGUGCAGGCAUGCACACAUGUGAUGGAAUAUGGCCACUCUUACACAUGGAGGUGGGGUGGAGAGUGGUCAGCAGGCUGGCUCCUCACAGGGGUGGGAUUUAAGAGGACUCCUGCAUGGAAUUAGGGUUUCUGUUAAGGCUAAACUACUCUCCAAUCUUUUCCCUUAGCCUACUUCCAGCCCCACUUACCUGUACUUCUGGGCCCAGGAGCCCCGAGAUGGCCAUGGUGUUCAAGCCUGGUAAAGGUGUUUGGCUCUUGCUGCUCUUCAUUAGAGCCUCACACCCCUCCUGGGGCUGGAACCGUUCAGUGGAUGUGUGGCCAGUUCUGGAGGCUGGGAUAUGGGCCAGGGGUGUGAGGUUCAUUCCUCAUGUUAAGUGUCCUUUCUUCCUGUCUGUCCAUCCCUGAGAUUUAUUCCCAGCAGAAGGAAUUUCCCCACCUGGAUCAAUCCUGGUCAUUUCAAGAGGAUGGAGGUGUCAAGUGUGAGAACCUCCCCCACUUCCUGCUCCCACGCCUUCUCAAACUCGUUUUCUAGUUUGGUUUGUCAUCAUUCUGUUCUCUUGUGUCCUGUCUUAUGCUGCUACUUUGUCUCCCAGGGGACAGAUGGCCUUCUUUGUCAUCUUCACUCUCCACCCCCAGAGAGGAGUCAGAGCCAUAACUCAAUCAUGCGCAUGCACGCGUGCGCACACACUCACACACACAUACACACACACACACCCUGCCCUAAAAGUGUUGAGUUGAUGUGUGACAUUUUGAAUGUAGAAGACCUUGAUGAACUGAGAUACAUUGCCCUCUCCUCUCCCCUCCCGAAUGCUUUUGGGGCUAAGGCAGCCAUUCUUCUUGCUAUCUUCCAUCCUCCUUGAGGCGUGUACAUUUUUCUAACUUAAAAAGACGGGCACCAGGCAACUGGGUUGUGGGGGAUAUAAGAGCUUCUUUGCUCUUUAGCUGGCUGGAUUCAUCUGUCUCACAAGAAGUCAUGAGGUCAUAAGGAAGAUUCCUUCUCUCCCCUCCGUCUUCUCCAAAGGAGGUAAAAAGAGAAAUCCCAGUUAGGGGUUGGAGCCCUUAAAAUAUCUUCCUGUGAGGGGCCCGAUGGAUGUUUUUCAUUCCAACCAUACACCCUUCCCCCUGUUGAAUGCAAUAAAACUCCAUGCCACCAGCAACUGUUGUUCUUUAGAAAUGGGUUUUCUGACCAUUUGGCUGAUGUAUCAUGGGCAGUAUGGUCUUCAUUUGUUGCUUCUGUUUUUCAUCUUUUUUGUUUUAUUAAUUAAUAAAAAAAUCUUGUGUAUUUGCUCCCAUUGCUGUCACAAUAUAGAAAAUAAAUUAUUGACUUCCGA